AGAUUAGAUGUGACACUGACUUAGGUAUGUGAGAAGGUGGAGAUCCAUAUAUGUUACACGUGUGCCUGGUUAUCAUUACCUUCUUUGCCUUCAACUCCGCGAACUACUACAUAGAUGAGGGUUGCUGUCAGAUGUUUAUCGAGGAGCCCAACUGUGUUGACCAGUGCAUGAGAGUCAUAGCCAAUGAGAGCAUCACUGAGUUCACACGUGAUCUAUUCUCCUGUGCACCAGUCAGGGCACAGCAGAAGAUGAUUCGCUGUGCGACACGUAGCAACUACGGGCUGCCCAUCGACCGGGCGGUGUGCUGCGACAAGACGACAGAUACGCAGUGUCGCGAUGCGUGCGAGCUUUACUCCCCUCUUAACGACUUCAACGACAAGUGCAACCGAAGCAGUGAGUUCGAGAUAUACGACUGUGUAGACGAGUAUAUCCAGAUAAAAAAAUGUUGCUACUCGUCUCCAGUGGACAUGUCGUGUGCAGUCGCCUGUAACAAGGCCAUAUCAGAAGGCCCGACUCUGGGCGACUGGGUCACUGUUAGACUGACAUGUGACGAACCCUUCCCCGAGGUCAAAGAAUGUAUGACCCAGUACACAGGGCAUAGCAAUACGAGUCGUUUUGAUUGCUGUAAUCUCUCUGACAACGAGCAAUGCAGAUACACGUGCGAUAAGGGUAUGAAGGGAGACUACACGCAAAACGAGCUGUUACUAGCACUGUUAGAUGCAUGUGGAGACCCCAUACAGGAUAAAACCUGGCUAUGCCUUAUGUCGGACGACAGUGCUAAAGUAGCGCCACUUGGCGACCUCACCGCCAUACAGUGCUGCAGAAAGGCAGACUCAAAGUACUGCGAGAACCUGUGUCUAGGUUUAUACAAAGACUGGUUAAACAGCGAACUGUGGGACAAGUUUAGCUCUUCUUGUCGCUAUAAGCCGAGUGAGAAAAAGAUGGCGAACUGUAUCCUCGACAUAUCGGAACCUUGUACACUGGGGUGUGACCACCUGACAUUUUGUGAGAAUCUAAACAACAGACCCCUGGACCUGUUUCGUACUUGCACUGCAAAGUAUGACGAAGGCGCAGAGAAAGAUUACAACUUGUGGAUUAAUAGAGGCUGGAUUGAAACCCCGCUGAUAAACAUAACCGUCCUCAAUAUCACUACCUGUAAACCUGACAUCUGGAAGGGCAUAGCGUGCGUGUUGCAGACCCAGCCCUGUCACGCCAAGUCUCACAGUAACAGUAUUUGUAACAGUGUCUGUGUAGACCUCCUAACUACUUGUCUCGAUAGAGCCAGGUCCCACCGCACGGUGGAGGAGAUAUGUGCUUUAUUGGCACCCAUCAAGAACCCCAACGAGGACCCCUGUAUCGACCUUGACCAUUAUCUAACGCCAGGAAUCCCUGACCACCAGGGCAAAGUAACCCACCCCUGCCAGCCCAGCCCAUGCUCAACCACUCAACAAUGUGUCCUGAACAGGAACUGUGCGAGUGGCGACAUGUACUGUGUACCCUACAUCUGUCAGGACAGUUGUAGUAUUGGUGCUACCAGAGACUACCAAGUGGAGGUUGGGAGUUGGGUUAGGAUUCCAGUCGUGGAGGACUCUGAUUGUUACAAGGUUUGCACGUGCGACGAAAAAAGAAAACUGUCGAGCUGCCAGGAGUUACAAUGUCCAGGAUCCACAGACUGCAAGAUUGGGAACCAGUACUACGAGCACAUGUCACAGUUCAUGUACGAGUGUAACAUGUGCGUGUGUUACAGUGGCCUUGUAACCUGCACCAAAGACAACUGUGACAACGGCAACGCUGUGGAGACCUCGGUUGCGCGGUUACCAGGCGGUUGUAAAGCCUAUUAUUCUCCUGUUUGUGGCCUCAAUGGAGCGAGUUAUCUCAAUCCUUGCAUUGCCAGACAAUUCAACAUGAAGGAGUCCCAGCUGCACUACCAAGCAUGCAGCAGUGUGGACGUGUGUAUCAACUCACAAUGUCCAGAGAACCAGGUCUGUCGACCUAAACGACAAACCUGUCUCGAUCUCAGGAUCCGGUGCGAGCAACACGAGUGUGAGUCCCCGACCAUCAACUGCGAGGGAGAGAACUUGGAACCGGUGUGUGACACCACCAAUGUGCAGCACGCUCACAUGUGCUCUCUCGUCCAACAAGGCCGGGUACUGGCUCAUAGAGGGUACUGUUUGGGAAGCUGUAACGCUACAACUGGCACUGUGUGUGGGGCUAAUGGGCGAAACUACGCAAGUUCCUGUACAGCUGAGAGCGACUUUAUGAUAGUGGACUAUGUGGGAGAGUGUAAACCUCCUACUGAUGGAGACUUGGCUAAGGGACGGUCCUGCUCAUCAGAAGUGAUAUGUCCCGAACUUCCUAAGAUAUGUGUCGCUAACUACGUCUCAGGAAUGUGCUGUCCAGUCUGUGGAGCAGUAGUGUCUCUGUUACCGAGUCAAGUGUUAGUAGCUAUUAAUGAGAUGUACCUAUCUCCUGAAAAGCUGACUGUAUCACUUCUCUGUAGGAAACUUAACGGACUUCUCAGUCUGUCGGAGUGCCUGGUGCAGUGUAAUCUGGGACUAUACGGUAACGUUGUAGCGCUCGUCUACACCACCAUCCCCAAACCCUCCUGGGUCCAGAUUGAAGCGUGUAACAACGAAGCAAUCCGCCUGGAGACGAUGAUCACCAUCAAACACCCCCGAAUCAAUGCUGACCUAGUACUGAGCACAGUGCUGGGUGCUAAAACCACCACCGCUAAUAUAACCGGGUCUAAGAACAGUGCUUCCCGGCCUUAUUAUCGCGUGAACCAACACUUAUUUAUUGUUUUUAUCUCCGUAAUUUAUUCGUGUUUUAUAUGCAGACUAACCUCGUUAUGAAACCUCCUAUUUUUUUUUCAUUUAGCUUGAUAAUGCUACUAAAUGCAUAAUAAGUGAGUGAGCUCUUGUAUUAUGAUGAUGAUGCCCGCUGAUGUGUAACUGUCUACGUGUUUUGAUAUUAUAUAUAUUUGAAUUUAUCUUUAGUUUUUUAAUCUUACAGGGAAGCUUUUAUUUUUCUAAUGUUGAGACCCGCCGUGAUUUAUGAUCCUGUAUACAGUUAUUACUAUGUACCCUGUAUACUAUACACUUUUCAUGUACCUAUCAGUUUUCGUGCUAAAAGUAAAUAGCGUGAGAUGAUGAGAGAUGUUUGAUAAAUAGAGAGGUUUGGUAAAUAGAGAGAGGUUUGGUAAAUAGAGAGAGAUUUGGUAAAUAGAGAGAGGUUUGGUAAAUAGAGAGAGAUUUGGUAAAUAGAGAUAGAUUUGGUAAAUAGAGAGAGGUUUGGUAAAUAGAGAGAGGUUUGGUAAAUAGAGAGAGAUUUGGUAAAUUGAGAGAGGUUUAAUAAAUAGAGAGAGAUUUGGUAAAUAGAGAGAGGUUUGGUAAAUAGAGAGAUUUGGUAAAUAGAGAGAGGUUUGGUAAAUAGAGAGAGAUUUGGUAAAUAGAGAGAGGUUUAAUAAAUAGAGAGAGGUUUAAUAAAUAGAGAGAGAUUUGGUAAAUAGAGAGAGGUUUGGUAAAUAGAGAGAGAUUUGGUAAAUAGAGAGAGAUUUGGUAAAUAGAGAGAGGUUUAAUAAAUAGAGAGAGAUUUGGUAAAUAGAGAGAGGUUUGGUAAAUAGAGAGAGGUUUGGUAAAUAGAGAGAGGUUUGGUAAAUAGAGAGAGGUUUGGUAAAUGGAGAGAGGUUUGAUAAAUAUAGAGAGGGUUGAUUUGCUAAACGAUAAAUAACAAGAGUUACUAUGUGGUGUGCCUGUUCUCAAAGCAAUAGAACACGUUUGUUCCGCACGUGGCAGUUCUCAGCCAAUCAAAUACAAGGAUUGCUGUCAUGAAGCAGCUUUCUGCCAAUCAAAUACAAGGAUUGCUGUCACGUGUUCAAAUUAACGUGUUCCUCCAUUCUAUUUCUCCAAACUGGGUUAACAAUAUUUACUGGUAUUUUCAUUGACUGUUUUAAAAAUUGAAAAUUAGGCACUGCAGUUUAUUUUGGUGGAACUAGAAACUUGUCAACUGAUUUUAGGUGUAUGUUCCAGUCUGAGAAAAAAAUAGUACAAGAGUAUUUAUAAUUAUAAAAAUGGGUAAAUAAUUAUGCAAUAUAUUGUGCAGAGUCCGAAUAUUAUUAUUAUUUUAUUAAAAGAACCAUAAAAUGUAAAAUAAUUUUAUUUCUGAAGAUCUUCUGACGUCACUGCCCCUUAAUUCGAUGGUAUUGGUUAUCCUCACGUGCGUUUAUUAGUUCAUUCAAUUAUUAGUAUACGUAUGAUUUGGAAAUAUUUGUCGACCAUGAUUAAACGCUUUAAUAUGAAUCUUAGAGAAGGGAACCAAUUUGAAAAGUAACAGGAAUAUGAAAUUGAGAGACCAAACGCUCACGAUUUGAAGUGAUUUUCGGUUUCAUGUGUGUUUCACGUUUAGUAAAUUAUUUCUGGCUUUAUGUUUCAGUUUUGCAUUAGAUUCGAACUGAUCGAUGAAUAAAACUUGGUAUUAGAUACCCUGUACAGCCUAUAAAGAUGUACCUUACAGUUCAUAUUGUGUACAAUUGCGAAGCUGACGACUAUAAGUAUAAUAAAUGAUGUUAUACUCAGGGAGGCGGGGCACCCUUACUGUAGUAAUGUAAUACUGUCACGUGUCAAAACUACAUAUGCAGUAAAACUAGAAUUCUGUGAAUGUGAUUAAACGAUUUGUUAAUAUUUCGGGCCCUCCGAUUUCACGAUUACAUGACUUCUAUUUUAUCAAUGUACCGAUAUAAUGUAAACUUACCGUGGGUCCUCAACAUCAAAAUUGGCGCGGCUCUAAAUUAACACAUAAGUUCAAUGUCGUUCAGAGCCGCACCAAUCUAGAGACCCGCCAAUUUUGAUGUGAACGACUUACGGUUACCGUGUCCUGCCUUAUCGAAUAUAUAUACAUUGUUUGAAUAACUAAACUGUAUCCUUCUCAUGAAGAUAUCUACAUUGUUUGAAUAACUAAGCUGUAUCCUUCUCAUGUGUUUGAUGUGCUUUGUCCCAACUUUUAAAUCUCAUUUUAGUAC